UGAUGGCGUCUCACCAGCAGAGCCGCAUCCAAGCCUACCUGGAGAAGAACAAGAUCGGGCCGCUGUUCGAGGAAUUGAUGACCAAACUGAUAACAGAGACGCCUGACCAUCCAAUACCAUUUCUUAUUGACCAUCUCCAAUCCAAACAUGGGAGUCGUAGCCAGCUUCAGAGGACAUUGUCUGGAUCUGCUGCUCUUUGGGCAGAAAGUGAAACUUCGGAAAACAAGGGAAUAAGAAGGGAUUUCAGAAGUUAUGAUAAACCCUGGCAGACAAAUGCAAAGAAGCCUAAAAAAUCCAAGAGUGAUCUUGCUGUAUCCAACAUUUCUCCUCCUUCUCCAGAAUCCAAAUCAUUGCCAAAGUCAAUAGAACAUCCUAAAUGGGACUGGAGAACAAAAUCAGAUAGUCAUGAUUUUGAUGAAUUAAAUCAUAUCCUUCAAGAAAGUAAGAAGCUGGGUAAAGCCCUGGAGAAUCUUUCUCGAAGCAUUGCAAUUUCUGAUGAAAUAGACAAGGAUGUAGCAGCAUUUAAUGCUCCUCUUCUACGGCCCCGUGUUGUUGGCGAAUGGGUUGGCCGUGAAGAGAAUGAUGCAGAUCCAUUGGCUGCUGAAAUGCUGCAACCUCCAAUACCAAGAAGCAAAGUGGAACAAUGGGAUAGUGAAGAUAGCAGCAGUCCUGGUGGAAGUUUAAAGAUGGAACCAAAGACCAAAGGAUUGAAACACCAGCAGCAGCAACAUAAGAAACUUCUAGCUGCCAUGCUUUCCCAGGAUUCAUUUGAUUCUGUACAGAGCACAGCUCCGUCAGUAACAGAGGAAGAUAUUGACAAUGAAGAUGAUGCAAUGGAACUCCUGGAGGAUCUCGAUGAUUUAAGAAUGGAAGGGGUGACCAGUGUAAUUUCUUCAGGGAGCAAAUUUAACCAGACUCGAAGUACACAUACUGCUGAGCCACAAGCCAAGGUCACACUGAACAUCUGUGCAAGGUGUGCCAGGCUACAAGGAGAUAACUUGCCAGAAAGAACAGAGGAUGUAUCCGUUGCCUCUCAGACUCUUGAACAAGAAGUAGCAGAAUCUGUUGCAUCAGUGCCCGGAACAGAAAUCUUAAUGGAGAGCACUGAUGAACUGGAGAAUGUGCCCCAAGCAACAGAACAGAACCAACCAGUUUGGGAUGUAGACAUUAUGAGUUCCAGAAGUGGAGAUACCCCAAGCCAGAAACUAUUAAAAGACUCCUUGGCUGCAAAAGAACUGCAGACCAUGGAGAAACACCUUGCUGACAUUGCAAAGGACCUUGCGCUGUGGGAAGAGGAAAGACUAUCAAGAAGUAUCAGUAGCCCACAAACUAAUUUAGUUGCACUAGAUCACCAAGGAAAUUUUAAAGUUACACCAGGCCUGGAUUCAGAACCACAAGUGCCAACUCUUACUGGGAAAGAUAUUCAGCUCCAGCUUCAAAGAAACAAAUCACCGCCAUUAUCCAGUAACAAUAGACUGCAGGUCUCCAGUGUCACAAACAGUAGGCCUCAAUCUCCCAGUGCACAGACCGACAGAUCUUCAUUGCUGCCAGCUCCAGCAAACAGGUCUGCAACCCUAAAUACUUUGUUACAAAGACCUCUAUCCCCUAGCAACCAAGGAAAUAAGGAAGGAAUCAUUAGUAUGCAAAGAAGCCGGUCUUUAAUAUCAAAGAACCAACUUGGGAGGACCGUCAGCACUCCCUCGGGUCUCCUGCUUGAAACAAGUGGGGACGCUCUAGGAAAUGUCACUCAAAGAAGCAGUUUAUCUGAAGAUGAAUUCUUACACCAACUUCAGCUUGCUCACCAGCCAUGGAUUUUGCCAAGUGAUACCGAAAGUGAAGGAGUAGCCGCAGAUUAAGAUAAACGUGAGCCAUUACUGCUUCUUUGUGUUGCUAAGACAUACAAAUUGGUCUGUAAGAAAGGUUUCUGGCCUUUUCCACGGGAUAUAGCCUAUUAG